UUAUAUUAUAUACCUUAGAGAAAGAAAUUAUUUUGUCACUGUUAAGUUAAUCGUUAUUGCGAUACUGUUCAAUCUUGCAUAAAAACCCCAAGAUCAAUAAACGAUAAAUAAACAAUAAAAGUACACUAUUUAAUCGCCCACGCCUGUAACCGCUUCGCUCACCGAUCCGACCAAUCAGAUCUCUCCCCGGAAUGACACACAGCAUUACAAAUCAUCCAAUCAUGAUCGCGCUUGACGUCAUAUAGGAAGUGCACAAACAUUAUCCGAUCUCCAUGGCAUGGAGUUGUUCAGAUCCUUCUCGAGUACGCAGUGAAGAUUGCAGGAUCACGAGGCAGUCUUUCAGUCGUUGCACGAGCGCGCAUCAGUUUCUGGGAGAAGAAUUGAAUCGGAGGAUUUUUUUUCUCUCCCCCACACACUAUUGUUUAAAAGUGUCUGUCUUUGGGAAUUUUCUUUUUACUGAAUUGUUUUUUAGUCUGAUCACUAAAGCCGUAUUAAAGACUCUAUGUGAACGGGAAUAUUAAAGCAGAAAAAGGUUUCCGUUAUUUGGUUUGGUUUGGGCGUCAAAGCAGAAGUCGGGGAAAAUUCGGUAAAGUUUUGUUCGAAAAACCCUCUGAUCGUCCUGGACAGAAAUGAGUGACUCCGAACCGCCAACGUUUUCGUCUGUCGAAGAAGAGAGGGAUUACUGGAAGGAGAGAGCGGCUCAUCACCAGCAGAGGUCUGACGAGGCUCGAGAUGAGCUGCAGGAGUUCCAGCAGAUGAGUAGAGAUUACGAAGCCGAACUGGAGACCGAACUAAAGCAGUGUGAAGCGAGGAACCGGGAACUCCUCGCGACCAACAACCGGCUACGCUCAGAACUGGAGAACUUCAAGGAGAAGUACGAGGUGCAGCACUCUGAGACCUACAUACGGAUUUCUGCCCUGGAGGGGGAUUUAGCCGAAACCACCGCCAUCAAGGACCAGUUACAGAAGUAUAUCCGAGAGCUGGAGCAGGCCAAUGAUGACCUUGAGAGAGCUAAAAGGGCCACCAUCAUGUCUCUGGAGGACUUUGAGCAGAGGAUGAACCAUGUCAUCGAGAGAAAUGCUUUUCUGGAGAGUGAACUGGACGAGAAGGAGAAUCUGCUGGAGUCGGUGCAGAGACUGAAGGAUGAAGCUCGAGAUCUGAGGCAGGAGCUGGCUGUGAAACAGAAACAGGACCGCAAACCAUCCCUUAGCCUUUCAGUGGACGGAGAGAAGGUUGAGUCGAUGGCAUCACACACACCGUCCGCUCAUUCCUCACUCCUCACAACACCGGUCAGAACAGCAGUGGGCCCAGGGAGCGCGUUUCACACACCACCAUCCUCCUAUAGCAGAAUCGAAGGUCUAACCGGGACGCCGUUGACGACUUCAGCACGGAUUUCUGCUCUCAACAUCGUAGGAGAGCUGCUGAGGAAAGUCGGAAAUCUGGAGUCGAAGCUGGCGUCAUGCCGAGAGCUGCAGGUCCAGGAGAGGACACCGAGCCGCUCGGCCAUGGCUCAGAGCUCUCACAACACACCCAGAGAAGCACUAGAGAACCAACCGAGCACUAACGGUCUGUUUGAGGGGAUGGUGAAGCGGCUAGAUUUUGGACCCAAAAUGGUGGUGUGAAUGACACACUUACUUUCUCUCUCUCUCUCUGCAUACACAGUGUGUGUGUGAUUAUUCUGGACUCUUUCAUUCAUGCCACCUGCUGACUUUAACACAGGGUUCAUCACUCUUGCUCUGGGAGUAUGUGAGCUUGCCUCUGCUUUAUUACUACUGUUAACUGAGGGUCAGUCCCUCUCUGUCUCUGUUUUUUUUACUUUGUCUAUAUCUGUACAUGUAUAAAUGUGUCACUGUUUUUAUAAUGAAAAUGUCUGAAAUGGAUGUUAGCACUGCACAGUUUAGAGGCUUUCCUGCCGUAACGCUUCUCUGUUCUUCUUUAUUGGAUGAUGACGAUGUUAUAAGAGAGAAAACGCUCGACAGCGGUUAGAAACAGUUUCUAACAGGUUUUUCUCUUCUUUUUUUUUUCUUCUCAAAGAGGAGAAUCAGCAUAACGAAGAAAUACUUCCCGUUUAGUCAGAAUGCCGUGUCUAUAGUUUGCUUCUUUAAUUCGGCCCCAGAGCUACAAAGUGAAUUACAGAAGAUUACAACUAUGUGCUUG